GCGGCGGGUCUGGGGACCUUUACACGUAAAAGGCCGGGGUAGUUGGCCCGGGGACGCCGAGGGGGACGAUCGCCGCUCGCAAGGGCCCUAGUUCUUGACGGCGCUUGUGUCAGGAGUGCGGAGACGACGCCGGGAAGCCUGGGAGACCGUUCCUAAACUUCUGGAGACCUGCUUGCAGUUUCGCUUUCGGAAUUUUCGGAAUCUUUGGGUUUCUCGAGUUGGGUAGGAUUCUGGGAAGGGCAGGGCGCCGGGGGCCGGCCGCGAGGACCCUCGCCCCCUUUUCGGUGCCGGGGUCACACUUAUAGCCCCCCCUGCGCCCCUGCUUGGCUUCCCGGGACCCCACGGGCGCGCUGUUGGCCCGGCCCAGAGAGCGCGUUCCCUGCCACCUCCCGUCGGCUCCCGCGGCACAGCCGAGCCCCGGAGGGAAACCGCUUCGACAAGAGCAGACCCUGCCCGUUAUCCGGCCGCAUCGCCACGGCCCUGCACCAUCCCUCAGCCCGCCACCUCUGUGCCGCAGCCCGGGGACCCGGGGCACUGAUUGGCGUGGCUACACCAAGCAAACGGAUCCCGACUUCACCAGGUAAUUCUUCCUGUGGGAUGCAUUAAGAGAAGAGGAUCCUUCCUUGUUAGGAAUGGAGAGCAGUUUGUCAAUUUCCAACAUGCAAGACCCUUCCUCUUCCCUCUUGGAAAAACAACAAAGCUCAGCUAAUGGUAAUGGAGAUCUUGAUUCAGAAGGUUCAAGCUUGGAGGAAAUUGGCUUCAACUGGGGAGAGUAUUUGGAAGAAACAGGUGCCAGUGCGGCUCCUCACACGUCAUUCAAACACGUUGAAAUCAGUAUUCAGAGCAACUUCCAGCCAGGGAUGAAAUUGGAAGUGGCUAAUAAGAGCAACCCAGACACAUACUGGGUGGCCACCGUGAUCACCACCUGUGGCCAGCUGCUGCUUCUGCGCUUCUGUGGCUGUGGGGAGGACCGCCGGGCUGACUUCUGGUGUGACGUGGUGACAGCGGACCUCCACCCUGUGGGGUGGUGCACACAGAACAACAAGGCCUUGGUGCCCCCGGAUGCAAUCAAAGAGAAGUAUACAGACUGGACGGAAUUUCUCAUUCGUGAUUUGACUGGUUCCCGGACAGCACCUGCCAACCUCCUGGAAGGUCCUCUGCGAGGGAAAGGCCCUAUAGACCUCAUUACAGUUGAUUCCUUAAUAGAACUUCAGGAUUCUCAGAACCCUUUUCAGUACUGGAUAGUUAGUGUGAUUGAAAAUGUUGGAGGAAGAUUACGCCUUCGCUAUGUGGGAUUGGAGGACACUGAAUCCUAUGACCAGUGGUUGUUUUACUUGGAUUACAGACUUCGACCAGUUGGUUGGUGUCAAGAGAGUAAAUACAGAAUGGACCCACCUUCAGAAAUCUAUCCUUUGAAGAUGGCCUCUGAAUGGAAAUGUGCUCUGGAAAAAUCCCUUAUUGAUGCUGCAAAGUUUCCUCUUCCAAUGGAAGUAUUUAAGGAUCAUGCAGAUUUGCGAAGCCAUUUCCUCACAGUUGGGAUGAAGCUGGAAACGGUGAAUAUGAACGAGCCUUUUCAUAUAUGUCCUGCAUCAGUGACUAAGGUUUUUAACAAUCAUUUUUUCCAAGUGACUAUUGAUGACCUAAGACCAGAACCUAGUAAACUCUCAAUGUUGUGUCAUGCGGAUUCCUUGGGGAUUUUACCAGUACAAUGGUGCCUUAAAAAUGGAGUCAGUCUCACACCUCCCAAAGGUUACUCUGGCCAGGACUUCGACUGGGCAGAUUAUCAUAAGCAGCAUGGGACAGAGGAAACGCCUCCCUUCUGCUUCAGAAAUACAUCAUUUAGUCGGGGCUUCACAAAGAACAUGAAACUUGAAGCUGUCAACCCCAGGAAUCCAGGAGAACUCUGCGUGGCCUCUGUUGUCAGCGUGAAGGGGAGACUGAUGUGGCUUCACCUGGAAGGUCUGCAGACUCCUGCUCCCGAGUUCAUUGUUGAUGUGGAGUCCAUGGACAUAUUUCCAGUAGGCUGGUGUGAAGCGAACUCUUAUCCUUUGACCACACCACACAAAACAGUCUCACAAAAGAAGAGAAAGAUUGCAGUUGUGCAACCGGAAAAACAAUUGCCGUCCACAGUGCCUGUUGAGAAAAUACCUCAUGACCUUUGCUUAUUCCCUCACCUGGAAACCACAGGUACCGCCAACGGGAAAUACUGCUGUCCUCAGCUCUUCAUCAACCACAGGUGUUUCUCAGGCCCUUACCUCAACAAAGGGAGAAUCGCAGAGCUACCUCAGUCAGUGGGACCAGGCAAAUGCGUGCUGGUUCUUAAGGAGGUUCUUAGCAUGAUCAUCAAUGCAGCUUAUAAGCCCGGAAGGGUUUUGAGAGAAUUACAGCUGGUGGAAGACCCCCACUGGAAUUUUCAGGAGGAGACACUAAAGGCAAAGUACAGAGGCAAAACGUACAGGGCUGUGGCCAAGAUUGUGCGGACAUCUGACCAAGUGGCAGAUUUCUGCCGGCGGGUUUGCGCCAAGCUAGAAUGCUGUCCGAAUCUGUUCAGUCCAGUGCUGGUUUCUGAAAACUGCCCUGAGAACUGUUCUGUUCACACCAAAACCAAAUACACCUAUUAUUACGGAAAGAGAAAGAAGAUAAUUAAGCCCCCGAUUGGGGAAAGCAACAUUGAAAGCAUACAUCCCAAACCUGCCAGACGUCGGAAACGGCGAAAAUCCAUGUUUGUGCAGAAGAAGCGGAGGUCUUCUGCCGUGGACUGCGCAACAGGCUCCGGGGAGGAAAGUGAGGAAGAGGACGCAGAUGCUGUGGAUGAUGACUCCGGCAGCGAGGAGACUGGCUCUGAGCUCCGGGAUGACCAGACAGAUACAUCUUCAGCCGAGGUCCCCACCGUGCGGCCCUGGCGGGCUGUCACCUUGAGGAGCAGCUUGGAGCUGGAGCGCCGGCCGCCGGUGGAGAGGGUGCGCAGGGGCCGCCGAGCACAGGCUGCCCCUGGGGCCGAGGCGGGUGACAGAGGCCCGGCCGCCGGCCGCGACACUGCAGAGCAGGAAGCAAAGCAAGAGGAGGAAGAGAGGCUUGUUCUGGAAAGCAACCCCUUGGAGUGGACAGUGACCGACGUGGUGAGGUUCAUUAAGCUGACCGACUGCGCGCCCUUGGCCAAAAUUUUUCAGGAACAGGACAUUGACGGCCAGGCACUCCUGCUGCUGACCCUUCCAACGGUGCAGGAGUGCAUGGAACUGAAGUUGGGACCUGCCAUCAAGCUAUGCCAUCAGAUUGAGAGGGUCAAAGUGGCCUUCUACGCCCAGUAUGCCAACUGACCCCCUCUUGUAGGUGGCCCAGUCUUGGAGAUGCACUGUCUUGCGAAGGUUUUUUGGAUAUGGAGGCUUUUGUUCUGCUGGGAUAGUGAGACAGCACAUACACUAAGAAUCACCAAGAAGCUGGAGGCAAGAGGGCUCUGCCAUCAGCCAGCCUGUUUGACAUUUUCGUGUUUGUAAUGCACACCCAAGACCCACAGCAGCAGUCUCUGGGGAGUGUAAGUGAAGUUCUGAAUUGGAACCUAGAGGAAACUGAGGCACUUCUUUGUAGAGCCGAGUCUCAUCUUCCUCCUGCUCCAAACCAGGCAGCCUCCUAGGAAGGAGGUUUCCUAAACCAAGGCCCACAUUUCUUCGAGAGCUAAGGCACAGCUGCUGUCUUUCCAGAUGUGACCAAGGAGGAUGCCUGGCUGGUAGUUUUUGCUUUAAUCACUCUCAGGCACAUUUCCAGAUGCUUCUUUCAUAAUGAUACACCUGUGGCUACGUGGUUGUCACUGCAGUUUGAUCUUGAUAGCAACUCAUUUCUCCAAAACAAUUGUGGUGAUGUUUCAGGAUGUAGUUGUUAAAAGAAGAGUUAACAGGCACGGUCUGUCAGAGGUGCCUUUCAGGGAGCGCAAGGUAUUAUCGUUGUGAGACAGUUUUUCUGGAGUGAUGGACAUCUAGAGUCUGUAGAGAGUUCUCUUUGCUGUCUUUCAUAGAACUUCAGACAUCUCUAACAUCCUGAUAUAAUUGUGAACAGAUCAGGGAGUGACUGCUUCGGUCCCUUGGGAAAUGCUGAGUUGUAUAGUGAAGGAAGAGUUUAAGAGAGCAAGAGGAAAAGAUUGAGAGAAGCUUUUUCUAGCCCAGCUGUGUCUGCUUAGAGGACCACUGCAGCAGGUCUCCUGCGGAGCUCCUUGUGCACCACCUGGUGCACCGCCUGGUUCAGCUCUGCCCUGGUGCACGCACGACCUGGAGCAGUGAGGAGGCAGUACGUUCCCAACAGGAUGCGUCGGAGCCAGCACUGUGACAGUCCCGGGUCCUAUCCUGGCAUGGCUAAUAACUAACUCUGUGAUCUUGGAUGCCUUUGAAUUGCCCUGGACCUCAUUCCUGUGAGGUGACAGGAGUGUAGCAGUGAACACACAUCCCCUUUGCCUCCAUCCCUCUCGUGCCGUGAGGGGAGAAUCCAGAUUGGCCAAAAUGAGGAAAAGAACGUGAAAAAAGCAAGUCAUCGCAGAUUUUAACUCCUUAUUCUUUAUUUUCUUCGGCUCACGUUGGCUUUAAGGUGCUUAUGACAUUUCUCGGGCAUUUUGCAUUAAGUCAGUUAAGUUAUUUGCAGAGAGAUCUGUGGUCUGGGAACUGGUUGAUUUUUUUGUACCAAGCUCUCACCCAUCUGUGCCCAUGAGUGAUCCAGUGCCGCCAUCCAAAGGCAGUGGGCCACCCCGCUCUGCUGUGCUCUCUGUGCAAAUGUCUUUGUCAGUACAGGCAAGGGAACGGCACCUCCGGCUUGCCCAAAAGUGGACGCCAAAGCAGAGGCUGGAACGCCCGCCUGCUACUCUGUUGCAGUCAUUACCUUGGUCUUCUCUUUGAUAAGAGUCUCACCAAUCCCAGUAACACUGUGUGGUGGCUCAUUAGCUGUUCCUGUUUCUGCUCCAUUUUCAUGUGUGAUUAUCGGUCAGAUUUUGAAAAGUAUGAUUACUAAUGCUAACCUUUACUAAUGUUCUGUGACUAUUACAGAUGAAAAACAAAAAUUUUGCCAUUGAGACUUCAUGAUGUCCCAUGCAGCCGAUCUCAGUAGUUAAGUUUUCAGCAUUAGGCAAGUGGAUUUGCCCGGGGACCUCUGAUGGAAGGCUGUAUGCGGACCUGCACCAGCGGCACCACCGUGAGGAUGGCAGUGCUGGGGUGGGUCACGCUCCACCUGCACUCGGGUCUUUUCUAAGCUCAUGUUUCUGCCACCCUGCCUUCCUAGCCACAUACUUUUUGGCCUUAAAGCCCUCAGUCUUGUGGCAUUGAACUCUGUCAGACAAGUGGAAGCAGUAUCCAUUUCAAGAUCUUUGGCAUUUUCCCUGCACUGACUCGUUGAUGAUCCCUCACUGUGGCCUUUUCAAGCUGAGCUACUGUUGCAUUUGAAACAGGAAUGAAGGCAUGUGACAGUGUACUACCAGAAUGAAUGUCACCUUCUCAUGGACUUUCUAGGAAUGGCACAGAGGAAGAGAUGCCACAUUGAGGACGUAGAUCUUUGGGGUAUCUCUGGAGCCAGGAGGUCUUCCUCUGGGCAGCCCCGGACGGGACACAGCUGCCAUUGCUGGGGGAGCGUCCUCUUCCUGAGAGGCCAGAUGCCCAUAACUCUCCCUGUCUGCAGUCUCUCUCCGUGCGGAUCAACCACUUCACAAGCCUCUGCUUUGGAAGGAGGGGAUGGCCGCAGCUCGAGGUAGAUGGCGCAGCUCCAUCAUGAAGGUCAUCCACAGGCCAUCUCCCAGCCCUUCCAGGGCCCAGACAUAGUUUAGGACUAGAGCAAACCUUUUGUUCUGAGUGUGGCCAACGUCCUUCUAAACUUGGAUUGUUUGGGGGCUUCUCAUGAUAGUUGCUGUACUUCUUCACAUCAGGAGGAAUUCGGCCACAGAAUUUUAAGGUGGUAUCCAUUUCUCUGUAGGAUUCACCUCUCACCAGCUGCUUUAUGGGUCAUUUCCAAGGAACAUUUUACCGUGUUGGUCUGUUCUCUUGGCAAGAAAUGGUGGUUUUACACCAUAUCCCUGGAACCACCACAGCCCCUGAGCCAAAAGUUUGUUGGUCGAAACACUCCAACAGAUGACGCCUCCUUCCCUCUCUGUCUCCAGAUGAUACAAUCGCUCCUCUGUCUCUGAUAAUACGUUGGGACCGAAGUCCUGUCCUCUGUACACACUGUAUUGCUCAUUACCUCCUGGAGCUGGCGGAGAAGAGUGGUUUCUCUCUCCCGGCCAAGCAGACGCUUGCAUUCUGUACAGUGUGUAUAACGUGAGAAGCAUAGGUGCCACCUCAGCUUUAAUUGGCUGCUGCUCAGUGCCGCCCCAAAACCAACAGCACUUGUUCCAGCCCCUAACUUCUUGACUGAAUUUGUAGUGGGUUGGGAAAAUAUCACCAUCUGCAAAAAUGUAAACCUAAAAAGAGCAGGGUACAUCUGGCAUUAUAGAACUUCUUUGAUUUUUCAAAACAAAACGAAAAAACAAAUACCAGUUUCCUUUACCAUGAAGUUGCAUAGUAUAGAGAACAUAUCCAUCACCUUUAAAAUUAGGUUCAUUUGAUCCAAGUUUGACUCACAUGGUGUUUGAGCUGUUCCACUCUUAGGUAGCUUUACCUUCUGUGAUCGUAUUCAAAAGAUUAUUUCCUGUGUUUUAUUUGUUCCUCAGUAAGUUGAAAUGACUGAAGCCUUUCACACUGCCACCUCUGACUCUUGCUACAAUCUCUAGAAGGUUGAUUGUGAUCAGCCUUUGAAGAUUGGAUCUGUUUCCUAAUCUGUCUCAUAGCAGCUUGAGUGUUGUAUUGGGCAAGUUCUGAGAUUUGCCUUUUAUCUUAUACCAAACAUCUCUUCCUAAGAGCUGUUCUGCCUUUGUUUCGGAAGCACUAGGAGUUUUCAUACUUCUUCAGAGGAAUGCCCAUUUAUAUCUACUUCUGUAUAUAGAACUCUUAAAACUGUGAUGUUGAAGGUCUAUGUUGUGGUUCGAGCAUCACGGUUGCUUUUUGAUUAACAGGUGAAUCUAGGCUCCAAGAACUGUAUUCUGUCUUUAGAGAGCUGUGAUCAAGUGUGUAAUUUUUUGAAGGGAAAAAUAGGAAACUAAGGUCUCUGCAGUUUGAAAAGAAGAACUCCCUGGAGAAAGACACACACUACCCAUGUCUCUGGUACAGUAAGUAAAUAGCAAGGGAAAGCUGUUUUGGCAACUAUUAUAAUUUAAUGAUUCUCUUAAUCUUUUAUUUUCUGUUCAAGGGUUUUCUGGAAAUGGCUUUAUUUCCUUUAACUUGAUUGAAUAUUUAAGUUGAUUGGUUAUCACAGCUUUUAUCACUAGAGAUACGAGUAUGGAAGACAAACCAAAUUGUGCUACUUUUGACCCACUUAUUUUACUCUGUCACACGGUGCUGCCUUGGGUUUUGGUCAAAGGCAUCUUCAGUUUAGAUGAUAAGUGAUGACUCAAACAAUGUCCUGAGCUGUAGUCUUCCCAUCUUGUCGUGUCUUUACAUCAGCUAGAAUUCAGUACCAGUGAGUCUGUAGGUCUUGUUACGUUAGCAAGCCAGAGAGCAGAGCUUCACGUGGGCCAGAGAAACUCACUGAAGAAAAAGUAAGGUCUGGGACAAGUGUGUGCUGAAAAUCACCUUAGGACGGGGAAUGGGAGACUUCUUUUUAGGUGACAGAGAAAAGAAUCAUCUCAUCUGUUCAGAAUGGGAGCCAGCAUGAUACCUGGAAGCAUAAACGAUACCUAGUUGUGAGCGUCAGAAGACCUUUUACUGUUUUGCAUUCCAGUUUGAACAGUUUGUACUGAAAUUUGAUUCAUAUCUUGUGAAUGUUUUGGUGUGUAAAAGGAAAAAUUGGUGUUUUUACUUUUGAGAUUUGCAGGACAAAGGGCAUGUUGUUGGUUUGCUGUAAGAUUGUAUUCUGUAUAUAUGUUUUCAUGUAAAUAAAUGAAAAUCUAUAUCAGAGUUAUAUUUUAAUUUUUAUUCUUAAUGAAAAAACCCUUUUUACUUGAAAAAAAUUGUAAGUCACCUUGUUAAUAAAGUAAAAAUAAAUUCUG